AUGGGUAAAAAAGGAAAAGUAGGAAAGGAUCGGCGAGAUAAGUUCUACAAGCUCGCUAAAGAAUCGGGCUACCGAUCGCGUGCCGCUUUUAAGCUCAUCCAGCUUAAUCGCCGCUUUGGCUUCCUGCAACAAUCGCAAGUAUGCAUCGAUUUAUGUGCCGCUCCCGGCGGAUGGAUGCAGGUGGCCAGACAGAACAUGCCCGUUUCGAGCAUCGUGAUUGGUGUGGAUCUGUACCCGAUAAAAAGCGUGCCUGGCUGUAUAAGUCUUAUCGGCGACAUUACUAGCGACAAAACUAAGUUAGAUCUGGCAAAAGAGCUGAAAACGUGGAAAGCCGACUUGGUGUUGAACGACGGUGCGCCGAACGUGGGUAAAAACUGGUUGCACGAUGCUUAUCAGCAGGUCUGUCUGACGCUCAGUGCCGUCAAAUUGGCCACACAAUUUCUACGCCCUGGUGGGUGGUUCAUCACGAAGGUAUUCCGUUCGAAGGAUUACAACGCACUGAUUUGGGUGCUGAAGCAGUUGUUCCGCAAGGUGCACGCCACUAAGCCGUCGGCGUCGCGUAAGGAAUCCGCCGAAAUAUUCGUCGUCUGCCAGUACUACAAGGCGCCGGAUAAAGUCGAUCCUCGCUUUCUCGAUUCAAAGUAUGUGUUCGAGGAGCUCGAUGUCCAACCGACGGAUAUUUCUUCGAACAACAUUCUCAAGCAAUUGGAGCGCAAAACGGUGAAGAAACCGAAGGUUGAGGGCUAUGAGAGCACAGACGUUCGACAGAUCGUAACUGCUAUGGAGUAUAUGCAACACGAGAAGCCUCUCGCGCUACUGACGCGUGCAACGGAAAUUACGUUCACGCCUGCCGACGAAGCCAUUGCGAAGCAUCCGCGUACGACAACGGAGCUGAAAGAAUGCUGUAAGGACAUCAAGAUCCUUGGCCGAAAGGAUAUCAAGGAGCUGCUUCGGUGGCACAAGUUGCUAAGCAGCGAAUUUAGAAAGCCAUCUGAAGAGGUAAUGGAAAAGUCAAGCGAUAAGAAAAAGAAACGCGUUGAGGGAGAUGAGGACUCGGAAGAGGAGGAAGACGUGGCAGAGGAUAUUGUAGAGUUGAAACAGCUAGAGAAAGAAAUCGCCGCUCUGCGUAACGAGGAGGACCGUAACUCGAAACGAAAGCGCAAGAAGACUAAUAAAGAACGUACGAAGUUGAAUGAAAAGCUCAGCCUGAAGAUGGUCAUCAAGGGUGAUGCGGGACCGACGGAAGAGGGCGAUGAUAUGAUAUUUGCAUUGAAGGACGUUGCCACCAAGCAGCACUUGGAAAACAUACUGGACCAGCCGCCGGACAUCGUUGCCGAAGAAUCAUCGGAAGACGACGAAGAAGAAGAUGUCAAAUACGUACGGUACGAUCGUGAAACGAAAGGGGAUCUGUAUGAGGACGAAAAAUUGCUCGCGGCAGGAUCGGACAGUGGGUCGGAUGUAGAUUCGAACUUUGAUGAGAAGGGUCUAGCGUUCGACUCUGAUGAGGAGGAGUUAAGCUUCGAUGAGGAUCUGGACCAGCCUGAUCUGUCGGAUGAUGAGAACCGUAAUCCGUUAAUCACCGAUCUGGACUAUCGCAAUAAAACCGACAAAAGGUUGCAAAAGGCUCAGCUGUGGUACGAACAGGAAGCUUUCCAAAAGCACAACCUCGCUGCAAAUGACGAGGAGGUGGACUACGACAUGGACCAGCUGAUCGAUGCGUACAAGAAGGCUGGUGUGAAAGUGAUCGGAGCCGAUAAAGAUGAAAAGGAUGGCGAGAAGGAAUCGCUGGGUAAGAAAGCACGCCGGCGGGCACGUCAUGAUCUAGACAAUGAAGAACCGUCGAGUGAUGAGAGCAGCUCGUCGGACGAGGAGGAUGAAAAGCUAAAAGCAAAGGUAGGAACGCUAGUUCACAACACAGUGGAGAAAGUAUCCGAUAAGAACGGUGGAUUCGAGAUCGUUUCUUCUGAGAAGGUGCGCAAACCGAAAAAAAUAAAGCUGAACGAGAAGGAGUUGGCGCUUGGACAGAUGCUCGUGAUGGGAAAGAAGAUGCGGCGUGACAUCAUGGACAUGGCGUACAAUCGGUACAUGUUCAACGAUUCCAACCUACCGGAUUGGUUCGAGGCCGACGAACGCAAGGCGAUGAAACGCGAUCUUCCGGUACCGGAGGACGUGGUCGACAGUUACCGUAAGUCCAAGGAAGAAUUCAACGUGCGUACGAUCAAGAAGGUGAUGGAGGCAAAGGCGCGUAAAAAGCGCCACGCGACCAAGCGCCUGGAAAAAAUCAAGAAAAAGGCCGAAACGAUCAUGGAGAACGUGGAUAAUACGAGCCAGGAAAAGAUUCGGCUGUUGAAGAAACUCUAUAAGAAGGCGGAUGCCAAGAAGAAGGACGUGACGUACGUCGUGGCCAAGAAGACGGGAGUUAGCGGUAAGAAGGUUCGUCGUCCAAAGGGUGUGGAAGGACGGUUCAAGGUAGUCGAUCCACGUAUGAAGAAGGACCGGCGAGCGGAAAUGGCAAAGGAAAAACGCGCCCAAAAGCACGGCAAAGGCAAGGGCAAAGUGAAGACAGGCGGUGGCAAAGGUGGUGGAAAAGGCGGUGGAAAAGGCGGUGUUAAAGUCGGUGGCAAAGCUGGUGGUCGAAAGAAGUAA